AUGGAGAGGAAGAGGAAGCAAUUUGCUCAAGGAAUUGGCGGGGUUCGGUCGGAUGCAUAUUUCGAAUCGAUUCCACCGGGUUGGCAAUUUCGGCCGAGCAAGAAACAUCUUCUUGGCUAUUUGAAAGCCAAGGUUUUGAAGCAGCCCUUGCCUGCCAACCGGAUUCACGAGGCUGAUCUUUACGCCCACCAUCCGCAGGACCUCACUGGGAUGCACAAGCUGAUUAGAGAGACGGGGUGGUACUUUUUCUGCCAAAGGAAACGGAAGUACCCGAACGGAUCUCGCCCAGAUCGAGGAGCUGGCGGAGGAGUUUGGAAAGUGACCGGCAAGGAAUAUGAGAUCGAAGUUGAUGGUAAAAUCAUAGGAUUUAAAAAUUCUCUUGAAUACUAUGAAGGGAAAAACCCAAACGACAAAACCGAUUGGAGAAUGCAUGAACUUCGAAUGCCUGAUGACGUUGCUCCUCCCAUUAAAAUUGGUGAACAGGGCAUGAAGUUGAACGACUGCGUGCUUUGCAAGGUUUAUGAAAAUUCUCGAAAAGCGAAGAAAAUGGAUGAGGAUGAGACCGAAACACCUAAAGGUGUUUCAUCAACGACAAAGCCUCUCCAACAACAAGCUUCGGCCUAUAAUGAGGGCCCUUUGGCUUAUAUUAAUGGGAGCUUCAAUCAAGCUAUUCCUUACUCUGAUAUGGAAACGACAGAGCCUCUCCAACAACAAGCUUCGGCCUAUAAUGGGGGCUUCACUCAUGAAUACACUAAUCAAGUUGCUUCUAACUCUUAUAUGGAAAACACACAGCCUCUCCAGCAGCAACAGUCUUUGGCCUAUAACAAUUAUAUUGGGGGCUUCACCAAUCAAGCUGUUCCUUACUCUGAGCCUCUCCAGCAACAGUCUUCGACGACUGAGAUGAUGAGGGAGCCUCCCCAGCAGCAACAAUCUUCUCAUUUUACCGAUAUGGGAAUGGUGUAUAUGCGAAGCAUGAUUCAACCGCCAUUAAUGCAAUCAUCUUCUUUUGGAUUAGCUCCUAUUCUUGAAGCAGCUGAAAAUGGCACUUCUGGUACAUUGGAAGCCAUAGUUUUUGAAUCUUUUCGUGCUAAGCAGAAGAAAGAUGAUGAUGUUGCAGUCCAACUACCCCCCGACGAUAGUGGUAAGCAGGCCGAGGACAAAGACGAUGUUAUCCUGCAACCCGACGAUGGUGGUGAGGGGCUUGACAUAUUCGAAGAUUGGUCUCGUGAACUGGGAGACAUAAUUGAUACUGACUAUCUUCUACCAUGA